GUUUUCUAUUUAGAUUUUGUAUGUGAAUCGGACUAGUUGUUAAGCUUAAAGUUGUAAAGUACAUAGAAUAAUUUAAGAAAAAUGCAGAGUAUAGGAUGGACGCUGAUCAUGAAACGAGGCUGCCUAUUUAGUUGCCGCAAGGAGACCCUCAACAUAAACGGAUCUCGGUACACAGUACGCGAAAGGCUGGCGACGGGGGGCUUCAGUCUAAUCGACCUUGGGGAAAACGCCUCUACGCGACGUAGCUACGCGAUAAAGCGCAUCACCUGCCACAGCAUCGAUGACCAGAAUAUAGCUCUGCGAGAAAUCGAAAACUGUCGAAAAAUUGACUCGGAAAACGUGAUCCGGGUAGUGGAUUACGAGCUGAAGGGCCAGGCGGACAUAGUUAUAAACACAACGAGCACCUUGUUCAUUGUGCUUCCCUAUUAUAAGCACGGAUCUCUUGCGGACCACCUGCAGCUGCGAUCGCGGAAACAGGACCAUAUGCCCGAGGCCCAGAUCCUGCAAAUCUUUCUGGGCGUCUGCGAGGGAUUGAAGGCCAUCCACGAGGCAAAGCCGGUGCCUCUGGCCCACCGAGAUCUGAAAACGGCCAACAUCUGCCUGUCGGACUCUUUUGAGCCAAUUAUUGUGGAUCUCGGGUCCAUGACAGAAGCCCGACUGCAGAUUGUGGGUCAGACGGAUGCUCAGCGCCUGCAGGACGAAGCCGAGGAGAGGAGCUCCAUUGUCUACCGGGCUCCAGAGUUAUUUACUGUGAAAACAUAUUGCACAAUUGACGAGCGCACUGACAUAUGGAGUCUUGGCUGUGUGCUCUAUGCAAUGUGCUACUUUAAUUCACCCUACGAUCCCAUCUACGAGCGAGGUGACAGCGUGGCUUUGGCUGUGCUCAGUGGAAACAUAAACAUUCCAGAGGAUUCAAUUUACACAGAGGACAUGCACGAAUUAAUUAAGUACAUGCUGCGAACCGAUCCAAUGGAACGGCCAUUCGUAUUUAGUGUUAUCGAAAGGACCCACGAUCUGAUACAGAAAUUGGAGGGUCGCUUGUAGCUCCCACUAACUGGAUUACAACUCAUGCAUAGGCAUUCCUCCGAACCAGAUACACCGCUUACUGUUUUUUGACUACUUAUUGUAAAAUAUUUUAAACCUGCUGAUUUUGUGAAAUUAUGUGUAAGCAAUCAA